AUGGCUCGGUCGGGUUCGGCCCCUCAUCACGACCACCGCCCCCGGGGCCAGCGUGGCGUCCUUUGCGGGUUUGCCCGAAAGCUACAAGGGGAUGCCCCCACGUGGCUGGGGGGGGGGGGCGAGGAGGCGCCAGUUUGUGUCCAGAUGUCCUGCCGCGUCCCGGGGCUCUGCAUCCUUGAGGACGCCCAGGGAUUCAGACGUGCUCGGUGGUUCCGGGCCGACCGUGGAAGCAUCUGUCCCUCCUGCCGGGGUCCAGCCCACGUGACCCUCAGCGGCCCCGGGGGCCGCGUCCCUUCUGCCGGUUUCCGGCUACCUUGUUUCUGCAGGAGGCCCCGGACAGCCAUCCACCUCCGGGGGCCUGUUGAGAAUCACUUGGUUUUUCAGUCCAUCGAGCCUCACAUCCAGGAGUGGCAGAGGCUCGCGGCCCUCACCGGGGUCCCUGUGACACCCACAGGUCCCUGUGCUUACCAGACCUCAAAGCCCAUCCAUUCUUGGGUCAAGUGGGCCCCCCGAAGGCCCCCUUUGUUAUUUGUUCUGGAAACAGCCGUUGUUCACGCGCCCACACCGAGCUCUGAAAUUGCUCCUGACACGGGUGCCCGCCGCGGGUGUAGACGGGGUGACUCUAACCCUACCCCACCUCCUGUAGGUGUGCGCUCUUGGGCGGGAGCACCAACACCUGCCUCUUCUCUGGCAACUGGGGUCACCGCAGCGCCCCGUUUCUCAGGUCGGCAUGAGGGAGGCCAGCCCACGAGGUGCGUCUCAUUAGCAAGGAUCCGAUUCACAGCCCCGUGGACCAAAGCCCAGAGUUUCGUGGUUUCCCUUCCCCUCGUGUGCUCACGAGAGGACACUGUGAGACGGCAGGCUGACGGGCAAGCUGGGGGUCACAGUCCCAGGCCCACUGCUGGGAGGACCAAGGCCCUUCUGAGUGGCUAGGACACGUGGGGGUUUUAUUUAUGUUUGCCUGUGGGUGUUUGUCCCCGCUGGUGUUUUAAGUCGCCAUGCCGCCAUCCAAGAGAUUAGCUGAGCCAACCACCCUGGAGCGCUCGGCCCCCGUGGGCCCGGCGCUUCUGCGGGCAACGCGGAGAGUGCAGGUGCCCGGGCCGACGCAGGUCUCCAGCAAGGCAGGGGCGUGCCGGCACCCGGGCCCUGCCCCGUCCCUGGGCCCCCAGCCCCGAGCGCCCAGACAGGCAGCCCCUACUGCCCGUCGCCAAGUCUGGGUGGUAGCUCUUCAAUCGUCUUAUUUAUUUAAAUACGAAAGAACACUUCAUUUCCUCCCAGGUAGUCUGGAAGAAGGUCCCCCGGGGAAACUGCAGGAAAGCGGCAGGCUGGGAGGCAGGGCGGCAGGAUCGCUCUUCCAGGGAGUGACCUGGAGCCUGGCCGGAUCCACAGGGAGGCGCGCGCUGGUUUCAGAAAGGCCGCGAGUCCCCCUGGGAGUCCCCCACCGAGUGCCUCAGUCAGUGCCUCUUUUGGUAAGAGAGACGGGCAGUGGGUCCCAGACCCGUGCUCCAUGCUCAGAGGACGUCGACCGACAGUCGCCCCCCCCUCCCCCAGAAGACCAGUGACGCGCCAGCUCUCCCAGGGCCCAGCUCCCUCGGCGGGGAUGGGGAAGAGCCACGCUUGCCGGGGGCUCCCGGUCACAGCUCACUGCGGGAUGCCUUGGCCACAAUCACCAGCUUGGACAGCUCGGCCUUGAACGCCCCGGGCCGGUGGGACACUGCAAGAGAAGAAGCACUGGGGUGAGACGCUCCGGGCCCCGGGCCAGGCCCGGGCGCCGUCCCCACAGUGGACCCGACACGGAAAGGCCCCCAGGCCUGAAGUCUACUGGGUGAGGGACACAGGGGAGGGGAGGCUGUCCCGAGGGCAGCGGAAGCCCCCGGAAAGCUCAGCGUGGGAAGAGCCGAGGUCAUCCUGCGAGAAUGGAUGGCGGCCGAGCUGCAUCACCUCCCGUUUGCACUGGCAACCCCACCUCCUCUGUCCUUGACCGCUACAGUCCCCCACCUCCAAGGACCUGCAGAGCCCGGGAGGCCAGGCUGUGUGGGUGUCACAGGACCCCUUGCUGUGGAGCGACCCCGAGCGUCCCCAAGGGCCACAGGGCUCCGAGCAGCAGACUCUCGCACCCUCCGUUCUCUAGCAGGGACUGGCCAACGUGGCCUGCGCCAUGAGCUCAGGGCGGCUUCUACGUUUUCAACAACGUUACCGAGAACCGACAGGAAAAUGGUAUUUUAGGGAUAGGCAGUUCACGCUUCUGUGUUCAUACAAUAAAGUUUUAUUAGAACGCA